CCGCACCGGGCGCGGGUGCGGGCGCGGGUGCGGGUGCGGGCGCUGCGCUGCGGCGGGGGCCGGGAGCCGCGGGGGGGGCCCGGUGCUCGGCCGGUGCCAUGCCGCCCCGCCGCCCCGCCGCCUCCCGGGGGGGCAGCGCCCGGCGGCGGCCGGGAUAAUGCGGCUGCGGGGCCGCGCCGCCCAGCCCGGAGGCAUCGCCAGCGGGGCGCCCCCGCCGCCUCCAGCGCCACCACCAUGUCCCCCCCGGCCUCGGCGGCCGCGGCCGGCGAGGGAGGAGGCAGCAGCGCGUCGGGGCCGCCGGAGGAGGCGGAGGGGGGCCGAGAGGAGCAGCGGCCGGUGAAGCAGUCUCUGAGCAAGUCUCUGUGCCGGGAGUCCCACUGGAAAUGCCUGCUGCUGUCGCUGCUGAUGUACGGCUGCAUGGGGGCCAUGACGUGGUGCCACGUCACCAAGGUGACCCGCCUGACCUUCGACAGCGCCUACAAGGGCAAGUCCAUGAUGUACCACGACAGCCCCUGCUCCAACGGCUACGUCUACAUCCCGCUGGCCUUCCUGGUGAUGCUCUACGUGGUGUACCUGGUGGAGUGCUGGCACUGCUACACCCGCAACGAGCUGCAGUACAAGGUGGACGUGGAAAGCGUGCACGAGCGAGUGCAGCGGAUGCAGCAGGCCACCCCCUGCAUCUGGUGGAAGGCCAUCAGCUACCACUAUGUCCGCAGGACCCGGCAGGUGACCCGCUACCGCAACGGGGACGCCUACACCACCACCCAGGUGUACCACGAGCGGGUCAACACCCACGUGGCGGAGGCCGAGUUUGACUACUCCAACUGCGGGGUUAAGGACAUCUCCAAGGACCUCAUUGACCUGGAGAGCUACCCGGCCACGCGGCUCCGCUUCACCAAGUGUUUCAGCUUCGCCAACGUGGAGUCGGAGAACUCCUACCUGACCCAGCGGGCCCGCUUCUUCACGGAGAACGAGGGCCUGGAUGACUACAUGGAGGCCAGGGAGGGCAUGCACCUCAAAAACGUGGACUUCAAGGAAUACAUGGUGGCCUUUUCCGACCCGGACAACCUGCCUUGGUACGUAUCCCACUACGUCUUCUGGGUGGCUGCUCUGCUGACCCUCUCCUGGCCCCUGCGGGUGCUAAACGAGUACCGCACCUCCUACGUCCACUACCACGUGGAGAAACUCUUUGGGUUUGACUACGUGGCGGUGACGCCGGCCGAGGAGCGCUCCUUCUGCCGGAGGAUGCCCCGCGUCAACACGGUGGACAGCACCGAGCUGGAGUGGCACAUCCGAUCCAACCAGCAGCUGGUGCCCAGCUACUCGGAAGCCGUCCUGAUGGACUUGGUGGGGCUCUCGGGCUGCACCAGCUACUCGGCGUGCCGCUACGGGGGCUACCGGCAGAACUGCGAGCGGUGCCACAGGACUAUAAGCAGCUCGUCCAUCUUCUCCCGCAGCGCCCUGAGCAUCUGCAACGGCAGCCCCCGCAUCCCCUUCAGCAGCAGCCGCUUCUCGCUGGGCCGCCUCUACGGCUCGCGGCGCAGCUGCCUGUGGCAGAGCCGGAGCGGGAGCCUGAACGAGCAGAGCUGCCCCACGGAGCAGACCCGCCUCUCCAGCCAGGUCACGGUGGAGGAGGAAGACCCCCCUCCUUACCAGGACGCCCUCUACUUCCCCAUCCUCAUCGUGCACCGCAACGAAGGCUGCCUGAACCACGACCACCGUCACCUCCACCGCAACGGGUCCUGCGUGGAGACCUCACUGUGAAGGCAGGGGGGGCACUGGGAUCUCGUUGCCCAUGGCCUGGCCCGAGCCAGCGCAGGAUUUGGGGAGAAGAGCGCCGGGGAGGGAGACGGCCCGGGAGGACGAGGCGGGACUGGAGCGGUGGCUCUGACCUCCUGGGGGGGUGAGUGAUGGAUGGUGCUCUCCCUGACUGUGGCACAGGACUCCAGACCGACCACCACAUGCAAAAAAAAGAAACCCCGAAACCAUAAUUCAGCAGCGUGGAGACCCAGAGGGGGGAAUGAAAAGACGGGCCUGUUGCAGGGAGGGGGGUGCUUCGGCUCCCAGCUCCGUCUGCAGGCUGGAAGCAGCGACCACCAAGCGCCCUGUCGCACCUCUCGCCACCCCUGCUCCCACUGGCACCAGAGCCAGAGCCCUGGCAGGGUGCAGGGAGCGACCUUACCUGCCCGUGGGGUGCCCAGGAGCUGACGGGCAGGUCAGAGAGAAGGCUGAGCGCCACGAAUCCAGCUUCCCUCUGCCCCAACUGCUUCCCACCCUCCCCGUUUGUUUUUUAGACCGCGCUCCGACUGUUAGGUGCUCUCUUUGCCGGGAACGGCGUCGUCUCUAGAAGACCCCGGGCACGGCUCCCGGGGAAGCUUUGGGAUGCCAGCUCUGAGGGUCAGCAUCCCAGGGGCGAAGGGCUGUGUGCUCGGGAAGGCAGUGCUGGGGAAGGGAUGGAGGUGUGGACACAGGGGGAGAGGAGAGCAACACCGACCUGCUGGCUGGAGGAGGGCUCAGCUGGAAGGAGCGCAGGAGGCCCCUGGUGAGCUGGGGAAGGGGACGGGGCUGGCGCUGGGACAGCAUUGUGCUAAGAGCUGGUGUGUCUCUUGGCAGGGGUCCCCAGCCUCGAAGCGGGUCCUAAUUGCUUCAGGCGCAGGGAGGUUCAGCUGCAGCUCACCCACUGAUAGAAGGCCAGCAGGGUGGUGCAUGUCUGCAGGAGGGUGUUGUGCACCAAAUCAGGCUGAUUUCUGGCUGCAGGCGGAGCCGCAGACUUCUGGCAGCUUGGCUUUGGCAGAGAGCUCUGAGGGGCAAUGAGGGAGAAAGGCAAAAACACGCUGGAGAGUUGGGAACCCCGGGCUGGGGACGUGGGGAGCACAGCAGGGAGGCGUCCGCCACCAGAACAGAGCCUGGGGAGGUGUUAGAGGGGAACCUGCUUAAAACCAGGCAGCUUUUGCUAUGGGGGUAUUUCCAGGGAGGCGUCAGGGGAGCUCUGUGCAGCUCCCCGGCUUCUCUGCCUUGCUCUGGUUGGGGCACGCUGGCCUGCACUGAGCUCCGUGCUGUCCCCUGCUAGGAAGGAGCCUUCGUGUCACCGAGCCUGCAGCACAAGGGCAUCCGGCUCUUCUUCUCCGUCAGCACGUCCCCAGGUCUCUCGUGUCACUGCUCUCAGAAAAGCUGUCUCCUUUUCCAUCAGCUCUUUUGGGAGGUGGAUGCCAAGGCAGCCAGUGACGUCUCCUGCCAGCGCUCCUCAGCCUCACCACGCUUCCCUCAUCUGCUGGGGCAGAAGAAAUCCAAGAGCAACGUGUCAUGGGUCGCACGAGCAAGUCCAUUUCUCGAGCUUGGUGUCUCCACAUCCGUAUCGGAAGGGCAAGACACAGCAAACAGCGAGGCACUGUGUGUAAUCCAGCCACAACUCCUCCUCCUCCCAACUUGUUGAUGAAGGAUCUGGUUCUCUAGGCACGCCACUGCAUUGCUGCACCGACCGGGUCUCGGGGACCACGCCGCCUGGCUUUUGAAAAUCAUCUCCAGUGGGUUAAGUCUGGAACUGCAGGAUCCUUCUCUGCUGCAUCUCUGCAGGAUGCACAGGCAAACAAGGCUGGGCUUGGCUUUGCCCCCAGGGUUGUUCCUUCUGCUGCUCUUUGUGCCUGCAUGCCCUGGACAGCGUCUCUUGCCCUCCCGGAUUGAUUUGUCCUCCUGCGUCUCAAGGGCUGGACUCCAAACAACGGUGAUUUGAACAAAAAGUCCCUUAAAAUCUCACUGUUAUGCUUCUGUCUUGUAAUCUACCCUUCCUCUCGCUGCCAGACCUAGAUGUUAGGCUUAAAUAAGAGGGCCCCUGUGGAAACAGGGAAGCACAAGGUCUCCGGUGUGGGUACAUCCUCCUCUGCUUUUUGUUCUCGUUGGCACAAAUUCAGGCCGGGUAGCAGUGCCCUGCUGGCUGUCCUGGAGUUUCCUUGCUCAGUGAUUACAUUUGGCUUGCUGGGCGCUUGUGCUUCUCUCUCCGAGGGCCCGACGUAAGCUCCGGCCAAUGCUGAGGAUCCUGGUGAGUCUCUCACGAGAAUCCCCUCACGAGGUUUCUCCAGGAGCACACAGGCCCAGGCUCCGGAAGGCUCUGCUUUUUUCCACCUGCCCUUCACCCCUUGCAGCUUUCCAUGGCCGUGGAGUCAGACUUGCACGGCGCUUGCCAGUGAGUUUUCCUCUCACACCAGGGCAGGGGCAGUGGGAGCACGGCCAGCUGCUUUGGGCUAGACAGGACUGACGUGUGAGUCAGUCGGAGAGGGCUUUUGGGCUGAAAAACGGUGGGUUCAUUAGCACAAGGGGAAGGAGUCAGCCUGUGGCCCACCCCAAGCCUUCCAGAAUCACACUCCAGGCAAAUACUCAGGGUUAGCGCUGGGGAAGCUGCUGUUUGACCUCAAACAAGCACAAUCCCUUCUUCUUCUUCCCCCAAAAAUGCACACUGGAGACCCACCCCACCUCUCCUUCCAGCCUUUCAGUUAUGGCUUCAGUUCUGUAGGACGCUGCCUUUCCUCUCGCAGGGCAGAGCAGUGCGCUCCUACGCUGCUGCAGCAGCUGCAGGGUCCGUGUCUGCGAGAAUACGAAGUUGGGAUCGGGAUCUGCGUGAUCACAGAAACGUGGCGUGGUUUAAGCACAGCAUUAAUGGGCCGUGGUCGUCCCUGGUGUAAUGCCACUGAAGCCAGUGGUGCCGUGCCAGUGCCAGCAUGGCUUAGCAACUCCCCAGGGCCAUCGCUCCUUGAAGCCAAACUGAUCUGCUGCAGUGGUGCUCUGAUGCACAGAGUUCGUGUUGGGGUUGGCCAGCGUGGGUGAAUGGUGGAUAUCUGCUGGCUCUUCAAGCCAUGGGUUGAAUUGUUCUGCUCUGCUGCCUCCGCCACAGCUGCUCCGCGAAGGGAGAUGUUAUGCCUGUGGAUGUGAUCUCAAAAGCAAGCUAAAACGAGCAAAUUGACCUCUACCGCACCGGGAGAGCAGCCUUCUUCCACAGCACCGCAGCCACACACGAGGGAAAAGAGGUCCCAAGGUCGGAACUGAACCUGCAAGACCCGUGGCCUCCAGGAUUGCUCUUCCUUCCUUCCCUCCUCGCUUUCUUUGUCUUACCUGGGGGAGGGACAGCUUCCUCGCGGAGGUGAGCCAGCUCCUCGUCCUGCAGCCCCAAGGCAGGCCCUACAAGCAGGUACAUCCUCCACCUAUGCAACACUCCCAGGAUCUGCUGUGUUUUCAGGAGCCCAUGACGACGUGCAGCACAUCCAUCCAGCACUGAGAACAAGCACAGCUGCUGCUAAAUGGGUUUUAUUCCUCCCCUCCUAACGAGGACCGCUUUUGUUGGGGCCUUUCGCUCAUUCGUUUGGGUUUUGUAAACUCUGGACUCCUGGGUAAACGAAGCUUGCAAGAAAUCGGUGCCCAUCCCGACCCGUCCCCAUCCCUCUGAACUUUGGGAACGGGUGGAUCAGCUGCUGUGACUGUCGUUUCGUGGGCUUCGUAGAGCAAAGUAACUUCAGGCACAGCCACACAAGGGUCUUUCACUCCCCAUCAGCGCAAGCUGCUUCUGCAACCGGAGCUACUCGCAUUAGCGAGAGGAAAAAAGCCUCGCUAGGCUGCGUGGAGAUGACUUAGUGUUUUGCAUCCGUCCCACGGUCCCAGUGGCCAUUAGCAGCGCUGUCAGCUGCCGUGCCGUGAGUUCGGGCUCUGGAUGGCAGCCCACGAAGCGGGCAGGGUGAAGAGGUUUGGAAGACCCAGAGUCUGUACGCGUCUGCAGAGCACACGCAGGGAGAGGCCUUGAGAGCGUUUCGGGUUGCUGCUCCUUGCUUUAGAAAUGGAAUCGCUGAGGAUGGUGCGGAUUUAGGCACCCUGCUCCAGCCAGCUCUGCUAGAAAUGUGCAGUGCUCGUGGAAAAGGGGUGCCAGAGGAAGGUUUAGAUAGUGCCACAGGGGCUUUGCCGUGGGGUAGGGUGAUCAGGAACGGAGGCUGGAGCUUAAAAUCCCCCUCUGCACCUAGAUAGAGGUCUGGGCUUGGCAUCCAAACGUGUAUUGAUGAGGGGCAGGGCAUGCUGCUGGGUGCCCACGUGCAGUGCUGGGGGAUGCUGCCCCACAGAGGAGCUCGUGUUGGUGGCUUUGGUCUGGUACGGCCCCUCUGUUCCCAUAGGGAGUGUUUUUUGGGGUGGCAGGGCACUGCUCGUGGCUUGUGGGAGGAAACUCCUGACCUGGAUUUUGCAGGAGGAUGGCGCGAAGUGUCACAUUUGCUGCAGUGACUGGCAGGGAGCCGGGAUCAGAGCACGGAGCAAGCUGUGUUGGAGAUGAAGCCCAUCCCCUGCCGGCUGCCUCAAGUGCGAGAGCUGUUGGAUCUGCUCCCUGGCCAGCGCGCUGCGGCUCCGCUCGCCCUCCCCAAACCUGGUGUGAAAAUGCUCUCUCGUGGCUGUGCUGGGACCGGGGGGGGCGCAGAGAGGGUGUACGGGGUCAGCCUCAGAGGCUUUGCAGGUGGGGUGAUUUUUGUGGGAGACGCGAGGCUGGGCAGGGCCAGGCUGUGCUGGAGCAGCGGUGUUUGGGGGCAAGGAGAGGGAGCAGGGCAGCGGGUGGAGAAGGCCUGGGAUCUAUCAGGCUUUUGGGGCAGGCUGUGCGUGCCCCAGGGGACGUGCAGGAGGCAUUUCCCAGCCGAGGUGCCCAUCCCAAGCCUCGCUGCAUCAUCAGAGCAGCGCUGCUGCCUCCGAGCCCCGCGCUGACAGCUGGGGCACGUGGCAGCGAGCCGCAACGGCUGAUGCAGCCACAAGGUGUAAAUGUCACUAAUGAACAAAUUGCCUCGUGCCUGGGAGAGCCUAAUCCAUCACGGCUGGGGACAGGGAUCUGACAGGGCCGGCUAUUUCGGGUGCAGCCUGUGGGGAGGAACCGCUGCACGUCUCAGCUGUCCCCUCUCGCCCAGGGAGGCCGGUGCAGGGCUUGGCUCCACGCUGCUCCCCACCACACCAGCUCCGUGCCACCACAGGAGGGACCAGGGGGGCAUUUGGGCUGGCAGAAAGCUGUGCCCAGCCACCUGGAGGGCUUGUGUCACUGGUCCGGGGUGCAGGGCUGUGGCCAGGAGUGCUUGCUGUGGUGCUUUACAACAGGAAAUUUGCUCCCCAGUUUAAUCCCAUAGUUUGCCCCUACAUGAGGUGCCCUCAAGGCGAUGCUCCAAGCCAAGCCCCUCUGUCAGGGGACACAGCCGGCUGUACUAUGCUGUCUCAGUGCCGUGCACAGCCCCAGGAUGGAUUUUGGUGUGAACAGACCCAGCCCUGUCGAAGCAGAGGGAUGCCGAGCGCAGCACCAAUCCCCCGCACCCCCUCCUGCUCCUCCACCCCCAGCUGGUGCCCGAAAUCAGCCCGCCGUCCCGCUGACACCAUAUGCCAGCGCGACACCUCGCAAAUCGCUGCCUCUGCGGCUGCGAGCAGAAGCCGAGAGGCUGGGGGAGCUCCUGCCCCCCUGCACGAAGCACGGCUCGCCAUCUGCCGCAGCCAGCAGCCAGCCCGCGGCACCCGCCGCUGCAUGCGCACAGUGGAAGCCCCCGUGUCGCUCCCCCCCUUUUUUUCCUUUUUUCUCCCCGUCCUCCCCCCGUCGGUCUGGCACAGACCCACGCACACCCCACGGGCGACCCGCUGGAGAAGCUGCUGGUGGGUGCUGUCAGCUGCUGGGCUUUGAUUUUUAAUGGUGCUUGGAAUGGUUUGAAGCCUUGCAGAGCAGUGCGGCGGCCAAGGGGCUCCCGGGAGGGGAGACAGGGGGUCUCCAGGCCCCAGGAGGGGGGCCUGUGCUUGGAUGGGGGUUAGAAGGUGUUGGCGAUCCUGGCUGUGCGCAUCGAGAGGAGCUGGGAGGAUCCUGGAAAGCAAUUCAGCAUUUUUUCCAGUGAUAAAUUUUCCAUGAGCCCUUUCCUUUCCGCCCUGCUCCUCGCCGGCUGUGCUGGCUGCUUACUCCUCGGCGUGCUGGAGGGAUCCCACUGCUGCCCUCCUGGCACCAGCCCUGUGCCUGGAGCUAUGCACAGGCUUUCCCCGGACCAGGACAGCCCCAUUAAGCCCCCCCCAUUACUGCUGGAGCCGCUCCUUCUUCAGUCUGAACCUGAGCUGGGUCUUUUCUGCUGUUUCUGAACACGAGUCCUCAUCUCAUUCAGGUGUGUCAUUCAGUGGAAAUAUUUUGUAAAUGCAAACAAAAAAAAAAAGAAACAAAAUCUUUUCAAUACCUCGCUCUCGAGGGUGGGAAACAAGGCGUUGGAGAUGCCUGGGUGGGAAGGGCUCGCAGCGGCUGCCACUGGCUGCGUUUUCUUGCAGACGUAGCCCCUGGGAGCAUCCAUGGGUGGUUUGGAAGGGGGCUACCUGCAAGGCUUUGGGGUGACCCACACGGGCACCCCUCAUGUGGCCGCUGCUGCCAGUGACAGCCUCGUGCUCGACCCUUUCUGAUCCAUCCGGUGGGUGUCCGUGUCCGUCAGGCAGAGCAAGGCAGGAGCGGGUAGGUGGCGAACAAAUUCUCUGGUGAGCACUGGGAACAGUUUUUACUUUUCAGCUAUGUCAGUACGAUCUAGCUCUCUCCGUCUCUCUAUAUAUGUACAAACAGUAUAUCACAAUGUUGCCUUUUUUGUUGGAAAUAUCAAAGUACAAAGAUUGUAAACCAAAUCGGUGUAAUAAAAGUUUCAGAUGAUUCACGGAG